GUCCGUACGCGGUUACUUGGACAAGCAGGUUUCAGAUCCGGACUGUCUCACCUGUUUUCAUUUACUAUGGCUACACGUGUUCGACCGAGUAAUAAACGGUGUGCAGUGAUCGGGGGCUCCGGUUUCCUGGGCAGACACCUGGUGGAGAAGCUGCUGGAUCGAGGCUAUUCUGUUUCUGUGUUUGACAUCCGUCAGAGCUACGAGCUGCCCGGCGUCACUUUCCACCAGGGAGACCUCUGCGACAGACAAGCUCUGCUGCCAGCUCUGAAGGAUGUGUCCCUGGUUUUCCACUGUGCCUCUCCAGCCCCUGCCAGUGACGAUCGUGCGCUAUUUGAGAGGGUCAACAUUCAGGGUACCCAGACCGUCAUCGAGGCCUGCAUCGAGGCCGGAGUACAGAAACUGGUCCUGACAAGCAGCGCCAGUGUGGUGUUUGAGGGGACAGACAUUAAAAACGGGAGGGAGGAUCUGCCAUACGCCAAGAAGCCCAUCGACUACUACACAGAGACCAAAAUUAAGCAGGAGAAGUUGGUCCUCGAGGCGUGUGACAAUCAGAAGGGUUUCCUCACAGUUGCUAUUCGGCCUCACGGCAUCUUUGGUCCUCGGGACCCACAGCUGGUUCCCAUCCUGGUGGACACGGCUCGCAGGGGCAAGAUGAAGUUCAUCAUCGGCGAUGGGACCAACCUGGUAGAUUUCACCUUUGUGGAGAACGUGGUUCAUGGACACAUCCUGGCUGCUGAACGCCUGAGACCCGACUCCCCUAUAUGCGGGAAACCGUAUCACAUCACCAACGACGAGCCAAUUCGGUUUUGGGACUUCAUGUCAGAGGUGUUGGUGGGUCUGGGAUACGCUGCUCCUCGCUAUCACCUCCCCUACGCUCUGGUGUACGGACUGGCCCUGCUCCUCUGGCUGCUCAGUCUGAUCCUGCGUCCGCUAAUGAGUUUCAAACCAACCUUUACACCCAUGAGAGUGGCUCUGGCUGGUACUCACCACUACUACAGCUGCGAACGCGCCAAACAGGACCUGGGCUAUAAACCGGUUGUCAGCUUGAAGGAGGGGAUUGAGCGCACGGUGAAGAGCUACCCUCAUCUCAGACGUGGUGCUUGAUGGCAGAAUGGAGAUAAAAAGCUGCUGAUACACGUAUGACUGUGGGUGUUUGUACAGUCAUGAUGAGAACGAGGCGAUGAGGUUACACUGAAUGGAUGAUUCAAAAUGAUGGCAGUGGCUGUUUAUCCAAAAUUCACAGUAUGUGAACUUUUUUUCAACUUUUAUGUACUAUUUCCACCAGCAGAUGGCAGCAAAUGGACUUUCUUCUUUUUUGGUGCACCCACUGCAGACUGAACAGUAAAUGGCUACAUAAUGUUACAACAAUAACUGACGUAGCAUUGAUUGCAGUUGAUUUUAGUUCCGUUCUCACUGUUGUUUUUCAGUCAUGUGCUGUGUACACACUGAGAUGCUGUUGCUGAGAUGUCAAAAUGCCUUAAUACAUUCCAGGAAGAGUUCGUGCUCCAGAGAAAGUGUGUGAACAUUCCUACCUAACAUACAACAUGGCCACAUGUAUGUUAGCACUUUGUGUAUUUUGGCAGAAGGCUCGGAGUUUCAAUUAAGUAAAAUCUGAAGCAACACUCAA